GCGCGAGUGCGCGCGCGCACAUUUGUGCGCAGGUUCGAAUCUCCGCCGCUUCGUGGUUGCUCCUCAGCGUCCGGCCGCACCUCGGCGGUGGCGAGGGCAGCGUGCGCGGGCUGGGCCGCACCGGCUGCCCCGCCCCCUCCGCCCACUGCACCUUCCAGCCGCAACCUCGCCCGGACUCGGUCCUCGCCCUUCCUAGCGCUCUGCACGCUCCGCCCUCGCCCUCCGCCCCCACAGCUAUCGGCGCUCGGCCUCCCGCGCCCGGCGGGCUCCGCCCGAGCCUUCGGGGCCCAUGGCCAAGCGGCGUGCGGCCGAGCCCCUGACGUUCCACGUGCCUUGGAAGCGGCUCCUGCUCUGCGACUUUCCUGAGGAGCCGCCGCGGCCACCGCUCUGGAUCCCGCCGCCGGGGGCCUCGCAUCCCGAGCAGCCCCUCGGCGUCCCGGAGCUGCCCCGAAAGCGUAAAAUCGACGCAGGGGGUAUGACUGAGCCUUUGGUUUCGCCCAGCAAGCGCCGCGACGGCGGGGACACUGGCGCUCCGGACGGCGCGGAGCGUGAGGGCCGCGGCCUGGAGGCCGGCGAGCCGCCGCUGCUGCAGCCGCCCGUGCGGCCCCGCGGGCCAGGGGAGGAGCCCCGGGGCGUUCGGCCCCCGAGGGGCGGUGGCGACGACGGGGCGGAGCGCGCAGAGUCCCUGCGGGGAGACUGGGGGGCCGCACCGCGCCAGCUCGAUGAAGAAUUUUGGCAGUAUAACACCUUCCAGUACUGGAGGAAUCCUUUACCACCUAUUGAUCUGGCAGACAUUGAAGAUGUAAGUGAAGACAACCUGACAGAAACAACACUUCAGGACAAGAAUGAAGUUGUUGAGAUCGAUAUGGAGUCCUGACAGAAGGAGCUGAAGAAAUGGGUUUUUCUGAAUUUGAGGAGACAUCUCUAAGUGAAUUUCUGUAUUCUUAAGGAAAAAAGUUAUUUUCCAUAUUUGAUGUGAUAUCAUCCCCAAACCUGAAAAAUGAGGAAAAGUUGAGAUAAAUGCCUGCAGUCACUACUAUACCUCCCGAAAGGGAUUUGUCAAGGAUAUAGUGCAGUUAUAGGAGAAGUAUUUUAUGUAUGCAUUCUUAAGAAAAAUUUAUGUUUAGGUUCUAAAUUUGAAGAUAUCAAUCUUACAAAAAGGAAUUGUGACAGUUUUAGAAAUAGAUGGGAAACAUUCAGAUAUUCCUCUUGUUGCACCAAAAAGUUAAUUUGUGGUACAUGAAAUGAAUAUUGUUUUAUAAUAACUUAUUAAUAAAAUGCUUUCUAAUACA